UUUAUUUCGGCUAAUGUUUUGAUCGGUUCGAGCGUGGUGUUGCUGCAAACGCUGGUGAAUAAAUCAUGGGGAGAAAAAAGAAGAAGCAGAUGAAGCCCUGGUGUUGGUACUGUAACAGGGAUUUUGAUGAUGAAAAGAUUCUCAUUCAGCAUCAGAAGGCCAAGCAUUUUAAAUGUCACAUAUGUCACAAGAAGUUAUACACGGGUCCUGGUCUGGCCAUCCAUUGUAUGCAGGUUCACAAAGAAACUAUUGAUGGUGUCCCUAAUGCGAUACCUGGAAGGACUGACAUAGAGCUGGAGAUCUAUGGAAUGGAGGGUAUUCCAGAGAAAGACAUGCAGGAGAGGAGACGUGUACUUGAACAAAAAACACAUGAUCAGAAGAGAAAACAGAACCAGGAUGACUCUGAUGAAGAUGAUGAUGAUGAAGAGCCUGGACCCUCUUUUCAACAGCCAACAGCAGCCGUUCAGCCUCAGGCAGCCUACGCCCCUAUGACCCAGCCAGGAAUGGCCCCUGUCCCAGCACCAGGGAUGCCACCUGGAAGCUACUCAGGAAUGCCUCCAAUGAUGCCUGGUGUUCCUCCAAUGAUGCCAGGCAUGCCCCCUGUCAUGCCAGGAAUGCCUCCAGGCAUGAUGCCAAUGAGUGGAAUGAUGCCUCCAGCACAUGGGAUGCCCCCAAUGAUGCCAGGCAUGCCACCAGGUAUACCUCCUCCUAUGGGCCAUCACCCCGGCAUACCUCACAUGGCUCAGGCUCCUCCUGCUGCCGUCCGGCCUGCUGUACCUGCCACCACAGUAUCCACACCACAAACAAGUGUUUCCAAGCCACUGUUUCCCAGUGCAGGACAGAUGGGGACUCGAGCUCCAAGCACAAGCUCAGCCUCCUCCAGUCUGGACACCUUGUCAGCAUCCUCUAAACCGCUGUCCCAAGUCCAGCCAGCUGUUUCUGGUGUAGCGGCGAGCUCCUCUGCACCCUCUGCUGCUCCUAAACCUACAUUCCCAGCCUACACCCAGUCCUCUGCCACUGCUGCACCCAGCACCAGUAACACUGUGACCAAACCCGGCACCCCAGUCACAAGUAAACCUGCAACCCUCACCACCAAUAGUGCAACCAGUAAGUUGAUCCACCCCGAUGAAGAUAUAUCACUGGAGGAGUUGAGAGCACAGCUGCCUCGCUACCAGUUUAAAAUCCCCAGUGCAGGACAGGUCCACGUUAGUUCACCACCAGUUGCACCAGGAGGUGGUGUGUUGCCCCCUCAGCAGGGCAUUCCUGCACAGCAGCCGGGUGUUAGGCAUCCCAUACAAGGUCCAUACGGUGCUCCGCCACAGGCAGUGCCUGGGUAUGUCCCGGGUGGGAUGCCACCAUAUGGCCAAGCUCCACCAAUGGUUCCUCCUUACCAGGCGGCUCCCCCUCGGCCAGCCAUUGGCAUGAGGCCUCCUGUAAUGUCUCCCGGAGGCCGCUAUUGAAGCGUCACCGCUGGUCUUCAUUAGGUUUGCCGAUUCAAGCAUUUUACCAUCUAGUGGCGUGCUUUACUAUCCAGAUCAGUAACCGUAACCCUCCUUCUUGCAAUGAGGAAUCAAACUGUGUAACGCAUGGGACAUUCUGAUUUUACCCAGUCUUUUAUUUUUAGACCUACCCUUUGUUGCAGAUCAUACAGUUUGGCUUUUUUUCCCAUGUUUUGUUUAGGUUUUUAGAAGUGAAGUGUAGUAAAUAUGGUUCGUAUUAAUUUGAAGCGGCUGGAGUUUCGUACAGCACCUUUAUCAAGAUCAAGGCAAGUCACUGUAAAUAUACUACUGUACUAAAAGUGUGAAGCCUUCGCAGCACCCAUAGGUGCUGUUGGGCGUCCUGUCCCCAGCUUUGCUUGGUGAGGGCUUCAGAUAGCUGUCACUGUUGACUUUAUUUUUCUAUGUCUGCUUGUCUACAUUUACAGUGUUCCCUCUGUAGGGCCAAUAACAAGGACUCCUGUGAAUGAUAUCUGUAUUGUUCCACUUUGAAUUGUAAUAAACGAUUGAAAUCUAA